UUCCCACAGGAGGACUGGGAGGGAGGACGCCGGAGUCUGCAGCGCCCCCGCCCCUUCGCUUUUUCUUUCUUUCCCGGCUUUGGGAUCUUGCUGCCGGUGCCGGGAGAGGUUUGAGAAGAGCAGAGUAGCGCGAGGGACCGGAGUGCAGGCUUCCGCUGCGGCGCGCGGACACAGCUGGGCGCACUACAUCCCCGGCGUCGCCUCCGGUCCUUGCUGCCCCGGCUGGGCUGUGACGGAGGAGAGCCCCCGGCUCUGGCCUCCCGCCCUCGAAGGUGCCCCCCGAGAGCGGGUUAGGGACUCACGGCUGGCGUCCCUUCGCCCGCAGCGCCGCGGGACGGCGCCCAGCUCCCGCUCUUCGGAAAGAGUGCGGUGGGAUCCUCGCCUUCCCGACGCGGCCCAACUCCGGGGCCAGCAGCGGGAGUCUGGACCAAGUCCCGCUUCCCGCCGACCACCCGGAGUAGGGACAUCAACUACCCACCCGCCUGCACUCGCUGUAGCCCUAGCUCCGUGGCUCCACGCCCUCGCAGCGCCCAGCGACCCCAUGGCUUCCUGAGCGCGGGCGCCGCCACGGUCCAAACUGAGCGCUGGGGUCCCCCGGCUCGCCCCAGUCAGGGGCGUCCGAGAGGCUGGGAGAGAGCGCACCAUGAAGUCCGUGCUGUUCAGCCGCUUCUUCAUCCUCCUGCCCUGGAUCCUGAUUGUCAUCAUCAUGCUCGACGUGGACACACGCAGGCCCGCGCCCCCGCUCACCCCGGGCCCCUACUUCUCUCCCUACAUCGGGGGCCGCGGGGUUUCCCGACUCCCGCUCCGCCGGGGCGGCCCCGGGCGCAGAUGGGGGAAGCGCAACGAGUCGCGGCCGCAGCCGCCGCCUGAGCCGCAGCUGCCCACCAUCUAUGCCAUCACGCCCACCUAUAGCCGCCCGGUGCAGAAGGCCGAGCUGACCCGCCUGGCCAACACGUUCCGCCAGGUGGCGCAGCUGCAUUGGAUCCUGGUAGAAGACGCGGCGGCGCGCAGCGAGCUGGUGAGCCGCUUCUUGGCGCGCGCAGGGCUGCCUAGCACGCACCUGCACGUGCCCACGCCGCGGCGGUACAAGCGGCCCGGGCUGCCGCGCGCCACCGAACAGCGCAACGCCGGCCUGGCCUGGCUGCGACAGAGGCAUGGGAACCAGCGCGCACAGCCUGGCGUGCUCUUCUUCGCCGACGACGACAACACCUACAGUUUGGAGCUUUUCCAGGAGAUGCGAACUACACGCAAGGUCUCUGUGUGGCCAGUGGGUCUGGUUGGUGGACGCCGCUAUGAACGUCCAUUGGUGGAAAACGGCAAAGUCGUCGGCUGGUACACAGGCUGGAGAGCAGACAGACCUUUUGCUAUCGACAUGGCAGGAUUUGCUGUAAGCCUUCAAGUCAUCUUGUCCAACCCAAAAGCUGUAUUUAAGCGUCGUGGAUCCCAGCCAGGGAUGCAGGAAUCUGACUUUCUAAAGCAGAUCACAACAGUCGAAGAACUGGAACCAAAAGCCAAUAACUGCACCAAGGUAUUCCUUUUCCAUGUGCCCCUGCCCCUGCCCCUGCUGUGUCCACAUGGAGAGCAUGGCUACCCACCAGGCUUCCUCUCCUCAGGUCCUCGUGUGGCACACUCGGACAGAGAAGGUUAACCUAGCCAAUGAGCCCAAGUACCGCCUGGACACAGUGAGGAUCGAGGUAUAAACUGAAGCCACCACGGGUGCCGCAGACGGCGUGGACGCAGAGGAGAACAGGUGAGGGCAGGCUGUGGGCACCCAGGUACCGUCUGCUCUGCUCAGCACAGCAGCCAGAUCACCACCUGCUGGACACCUGCUUACAGAGAGCUGGUCAGUUCCCAGAAGCUAAGUGGAUGGUACAAAAUGUAUGCUCUUGUCCCCAUUUGUUUUGCAUGUUCCCCCAUAACCACCUGGAAGGUCUUCGCGCGGUACAGCUAAUGGCACUGCAGGGUACCAUUCUGAGAAUCUUAAGAUGCUUUUCUCCCCAUUUGGCCUUAUUAUACUUGGUGGAACUGAACAGGUUUUACAGAUGCCAAGUAUUCUGUCAGCUACACAUUUCCAAUUCUGAAGUAAUUUUUGUAAAACUGGUGGCAGUAUACA